AUGGCAAAACUUACCCCAGCAGAGUACGCCGCACUCUCUCCCGAGGAACGAACGACAUAUGACGAAGCUCAGAGCAAGAGGGAAAAAGAAGAGCAGGCCCAGCUUCCGUUUACAUGGAAACAAAGCUUGCAAGAUGUCUCCCUCAACAUCCCUGUUCCACCCGGAACGAAGGCACGCGACCUGGUGGUGGAUAUCAAGAAGACCAAGCUUAAAGUGGGCCUGAAGGGUAAAGAGCCAAUCAUGGAUGGCACGCUAUGCAAAGAAAUCAAACAAGAGGAGUCUACCUGGACGCUGGAUGACAAUAAAGAAAUCAAUCUACAUCUUGAAAAGAUCAACCAGAUGACAUGGUGGGAGAACGUCUUGACGCACCAUCCGAAGAUUGACACGACCAAGAUCACCCCUGAAAACAGCAAAUUGAGUGAAUUGGACGGGGAAACAAGGGCAAUGGUCGAAAAAAUGAUGUUUGAUAACCAGCAAAAACAAAUGGGAAAGCCGACAUCCGACGAGCAGAAAAAGCUCGAGAUGCUGGAAAAAUUCAAAGCCGCUCACCCCGAGAUGGACUUUUCGAAUGCUAAGAUUGGUUGA